AUGUCUUCCGAUGUGAUCCCAUUGGCUAGUGCCAUCCAGAACGUGGCCGAAGGCAGAAAGGCCAUACUGGAAGCCGGAGUGGCAUACAGUCUAGAACUCCGGAGGAGCCUUGUCCUAAGGGACCUCAGCUACCGUAAACUCGAAGACCUGAACUUUCCCAUGAGGCGGCUUCAGAAGCAGAACAAAGUGUACAGAGAAGAUACCGUGACGUCUCUCGAACAGGCACGCCGAGUCGUGGCCGCCGACGAGAAGCUCACAGUCCUUACGAUGAUAAUAUCAUCGCGCACGGGCUUCGAGACUCUGUGGCGGCAUGGGGUCACAAUGGACGCGGAUGCUUCCGAGCUGCAACAGCGCUUAGCGAUACUGGAGGGACCAGAGGACGAGCUUUGUGAACAGCUGUCCCCACUGAAGGAAAUGCCUUGUUUUGGCAAUACUGAAGUCCAAGGAAACGCUGUUCUCACCGAGCUCAAAGGGAUCGAAGCGUUUCGGGGCGCCGAUCUGCGCGACGCUCUAGAGAUUCAGUCGGCGGCUCGGCGCAGAUGGGAGUCCAGUGGUCUGUCUGCUGUGACCCGCGCAGAUUUCGACGGGGUGAUGCAGCAGCUUGAGAAAUUGACUACGUCGGUUCACGACACAGGAAACCGCCAAAGAAAGCUCCAGGAGUCUCUUUGGGAACUGAUGGACAAGGCAAAGACUGUACCCAAACUCAAGGAUGGAAUUUCAGUCGACCGCCUUCUCAAGACCAACGCCGACGCGACGGAGUUCAUCGAGCGUACCGAAAAAUAUCGGAAGCUGUCGGAGCAAGGGCGUACGACGCUCAACUGGGGUGCGGCGUAUGCCAGAGGAGAUGGUCACGAAAAGUUUGACGUGAGGCUUGGUGUCAAGGGCCCGGUACACUUUCUACAAUACGAUGCCGACGUAUCCUGCCUUGCGGCGGCUAUUGGCCCAGAGGUACAUGUUACGAAGGAACAGGAUAAAGAUAUGUAUACCGGAGGCCUGAGACUAGCCUCACCACCACCGUUAGCCGCUGCCGCUUCUACAAGUCGCGACGACGACGAAGAGCGUGAUACGCGCCUGCGGGUCACAGGGAUCCACUUCAGCAGGAAGGGUCGUGUCAUCAUAGUGUCGUACGUCGCACAUGGCAUCAUUCAAGCGCGAGCGACUCUGGCACGUCGUUCCACUGAAGAUGCACCGAUGAUUGCAUCGUCUGCGCUGUCUCCGGAUUGCAAACAACUUAUGGCCUACCAUCUCCAGAAGGGCUUGCGCCGCUAUACCGUCACCACGUAUUUCGCCAAGCACAGCCGGUGCAAGUACGAGUUCGAUGAGCAGCAAACAAGUCGCCUCUCGUUGCAGAUGUCGUUUCUGCACGGGGGCAAAGCCAUUGUUUGCGGAACUACCACAGGCAAGGUCUGUAUAUGGGACGUUGAGACGGGAGAGCUUUACCAGAAACUGCCGCAUGAUACUGAUACCGUUCAGGCCGUUGCGGCGCAUCAAACAGGUGCAUUCAGCUAUAUUGCAACGGGGUCCUCCGGAACGGGGCAGCGUACGUAUAUCAAGAUAUGGCGUGCAAGGAACAAUGAGCGUACCGAAGGCACAUCCCCCGAUGGCCCAAUGGCUGAAGCGUUCGACGUCCUGACGUUUAACCGGAUCUUCGUCUUCAGCGAUGAUCAACGGCGUGCGGUCCUGUUCACCACAACGUUUCUGGCAUCAUCUUGGUCUCCUGGCUGCUGUACAACAUUGGUCUUUCCGUUCCCUGGAAAUUUGUCUUUUGGAACUGCUGGGAUUGGUGCGCCGUCUAUCUCCAUCAAUCUCUAA